AUGCAGCGGUACGGGUGCCAAGACUUCGUCGAGGAGAUUGCUCAUCUCCAGAAGCUGGCCGAGAUGCUGCCAGACUCACCAGUCACCGAGAGCAUGGCCAACACCUUCAUGGCUAAGAUCCAGGGAUUCCAGUCCUGGUCCUCGGAGAGCAUCUGCCAAAUGCUUGCCAAGGCCGGCGAAGCUUCCAAACUGCCAGAGGCCAUGAAAGCAAAGAUUCUGGACACCAUCCAGAAUUUGUCCAUGAACACCGGCUCCCAGCUCAAGUUGGUGAACACUGGCCAGUCCGUCCAGCGGCUGUGUCCAUACUUGACCAGGCCAGACUGGGUCGCUUUGUCCACCCUCACGAGCCAAACGGACCAGCUGGAGCUCUUAGCCAAAAGACUCCGAGCCAUGGGACUGCAUUCUUUAAAAGAAUGCACCAAGGGCCAAGCGGUCGCCAUUGUCUUGAUGGUGCAAGCUUCGCAAGGCAAGCCAAGCCUUUCGGCAGCUGCCAUCAACUCGGCAGUCCAGGACUUCGGAAUCAUCUUCCAGUCCCUGCCAAGCAGCAAUUGCCCCGGCGCCAGCAGAUAUCCAGACCAUCCAUCAGAGAUGGGCCAGCUUUGGCUCUCCAAGGCCUAUGGUCCAGGCGACCAGCCAGAUCUGCAGGACCCAUGCCUGGCUCCAUUUUUGAAGAAAGUGCCUCUUCGAAGCACCCAUGCUUCAUUGGCCGGCGGCACCAGGUGCAGGUCCAAGCGGCCUCCAGCGACACCUCAGGGCUCCACCUUAAGCUUCGACCAGGAGCUGGAAAUGCUGAAGCUGCGGCAUGGCAGGCCCACCGCCGCAGCAACAGCAGUGUUGCCUUGGCUGUCGCCGCGAAGCAUGGUCCAGUCCCACAGCCAGAGUGCUGCCAGCACAACUGCCCCUGGCCAGGUCUUUGGCCAGAGCACAGCAUCUGCCGCUGCUUUGCCACUUCCUCCGGCAAGCCCGCCUCCUGAAGCCACGACCAGAGUCGAAGCAGCUCCCACGGAGACGACUGCCAAGGAAGACAGUGCCAAGCAGGACGCCAAGACAUUGCAGGAGUACGAGCAGGAGCAGUUCCAGAAGCUGCUGGAUGCCAAGGCCGACAAGAAGAAGAAGGCCAAGGAGGACGGCCAGGCCGACCAGAAGCCCAAGAAACAGCAUAUGAAGCGGCCAGCAGCAGCCAUGUCUACCCGACAAAGCUCGGCGAACCAGGGCACCACCUGCAACGGCCAUGAGGCUGGCAAAGGUGCCACCGCCGCCAAAGGCGGCAGCACAAAGAUCCUCUACGGAUGUAUCCGCUGUCGUGGUAAUGUUAAGGGAUGCUCCAGUUGUUGGGACCCAAACUUUCGGGGCACCCGUCUCCACGGCCGCCAAGCUUGGAGGGAGUACAUCGAGGCCCACAAAGCCAACAAGGCCAUGAAGAAGGCUCCCAAGAAGUAG